UCAGUGCGUUUUUCGCUUCAACGUUGCUUUCCCAUUUUCGCGACGCUUUCUGGCGUGAAGCGUUCAUUUUAAUGUCGGAUUGGCAGAGCACACCAUGCGUGGAAAGGCACAAAGAAUUUCUCGAGAAGCUUAUCGCGACCUUGAUCGAUUGCACCUUCGAAAGUGUAUCCCGUGAAAAUCCUGUAUUGAGAUGGAGAGAACCAGGCCAUUUGGAGGAUAUCAUAAACUUCAAGUUACAAGAAGAACCCCGUAAACAAGAUACCCUAUUGGAGAUCGCGUCUAAGGUUUUCAAGUACAGCGUUAAGACUGGACAUCCUUACUUCAUGAAUCAGUUGUUUUCCGGAUUGGACCCAUACGGUUUGGCUGGACAAUGGCUAACCGAUACGUUAAACUGCUCGAUAUAUACUUACGAAGUAGCACCGGUUUUAACAUUAAUGGAAAACACUGUGAUUACAAAAUUGUUAAGCAUGUUUUACAACGAAGGAAAUGGUUCUACGCUUGGAGAUGGCCUUUUCUGUCCUGGAGGUUCCUUCGCUAAUGGCACUGCCAUUAACUUGGCACGAUUUUGGUUCAGAAAGAAUGUUCAAAAUGAAAAACAUAUACCAUCUUCAAACCUCGUGCUUUUUGCAUCCGAAGAUGCGCAUUACUCAACCUUAAAGUGGGGAAACGUUUGCGACGUAAAAGUUGUUCUCGUAAAAACUGACAAAUAUGGCAGAAUGGAUGUUAACGAUUUGAGAGAUGAUAUAUUACAAGAACAAAGGAAGGGGAACUAUCCGUUUUGUGUUACCGCCACUGCAGGGACAACGGUUCUGGGUGCAUUUGAUCCUUUGAUUGAAAUUGCAGACAUUUGUCAAGAAUUCAAUAUGUGGUUACAUGUAGAUGCAGCUUGGGGAGGUGGUUUGAUAUUCAGCAAAAGGCAUAGUGUUCUCUUAAGAGGAAUACAAAGAGCAGACUCUAUUUUAUUUAAUCCACAUAAAUUACUGGCUGUUCCUCAACAAUGCUCUUUGCUCUUAACUAAGCACAAAUGCAUUUUUAAAGAGGCACAUUCUAAACAGGUUCCUUAUCUCUUUCAAAAAGAUAAAUUUUACUCUACAGAUUUAGAUGUGGGAAAUAAGUAUUUGCAGUGUGGUCGCAGACCAGAUGUAUUGAAAUUUUGGUUCAUGUGGCAAGCUAAGGGUACUUCAGGAUUUGAGAAACAUGUUGAUCAUUUAAUGACACUGUCAGCUCUCUUCAAAGAAGAAGUUGAGAAAAGAGAUAGUUUUAGAUUAGUAACAGAUUCGUGUUUUAUAAAUGUGUGUUUCUGGUUUAUUCCACCCUCUUUGAGGAUUCAGAAUGCAUCCUACGAUUACAAGAAACGAUUAAAUGAGGUUGCACCAAAGUUAAAGGAAAAAAUGACAAAGAGAGGUAGCUUAAUGAUCAAUUACCAACCACUCCACGGAAAGCCGAAUUUCUUUCGUUUCGUUAUUCAGAACUCAGGAGUAAAGAUACCGGACAUUUUCUACGUCUUCGACGAACUAGAAAACCUUGGAGAAAAUUUGUGUUAAUUCGUCAAAUCUCGCAAAGUUUCAAACGAUUUAUAAGUCCUUAUUUAAUUACAACAAAAUUAUGUUACCAUUCCAAUUUUAUUUUUCUAUUUGCAAUUCUAUUAUACGCUUCACCGAUUCUUUCCUUUAAUUAAAACCUUUUUCCCGUAUUUGGCAAAAAUUCCGUCGACGGUCUGAAUUUUAUGGGAUCCCUUCCGGAAGAAGUAACGAAUUCCAGCCUGCAAUCAAUUCGGCCGGGUUAAGUAGGCGAAACCUAGCAGUCAGUUGAUCUGAUUAGGAAAGGGACCGCCACUAAAUUUCUGAUGUCAAGGUACGGAGGUAAUUCGCGACUGCCUCCAUUGCAGAGCGCGUGGUGGCGCGACGUACCGACUGACUAAUCCUGAUUCAACUGACAGCAUAUAGAGAAGCCCUAUGUAUAUCUAUAGAACUGCGUUCGCACUAUGUGGAACAUAAUAAUUGGCAACCACGGCUGCACCGUUUUUCGCCCGCAACCAAUAGAAUUCUUUGACAUUCUACGACCAAUCUCAUCGAAAUGAAACGCGUUAUCUCUUCGAUACGUAAUUUAAAAAUGGAACGCAUUACCUGCUAUAGCGUGCGAUUAUUUUGCUUCGAUCGGUGUGAAAAUUAUUUUACCGAAAAUAACCAUUUAUCCGAGAGAUGUUGGUACAUUAAUUCGAUUGAAAAUGCUUUUCAUGGAUCCGUUUCAUCGAAUGAUAUUUCAGAUAGACGUUCAAUUACAGGUGUAUUUUUAGUCGGAUUGUAAAUUGCAUUAGGAUGAAUGGAUUGGAAGUUUGAGCGGAAAUAUGGCAGUCGUUGGAAUCUUUGGAAAGGGAGGUUAUACGAGAGCUUUUGAUUGAACUUCUAAGUUCGCGUGAUUGGAUAUAUAUCUAUACUACCGUUCGUAUUAAUCACGAUAUUUACUCUAGGUUACUUCUUGUGUAGAAAAUUGUAAAGAUGGAGAAUAAAAUAAAAAUACUUCUUCAUCCAUCUUUCAGUAUUACUAAACGUAAUUACAAUAUGGAAACUAUAAGAAGUAUGGCGAUAAUUAUAACUCGUUAAGUAUUCCGUAUUUCGAUGUAUUAACCAAAUUUAUAUUUUCAUAAAUUUAACAAUACAAAAUCCCGUGAUAGAAAA